AUGCUUUGGAGGGUGAGCGCCACCAGGUCCUUUCGCAGUGCGCGAAGGUUUUGUGAUGACAGUCGCAUUCUGUGGGCGCCUGGAAUGAGACAGGUGGGAGACGACCAGUGCCACGUACGUUUGGGCGGCAAAAUUCGCCUCAUGUGCACAGAGCCAAAUGGCUACUGUGUCGUUGGUGCUCGGGGCGAAGUGGCGGUGGCCAAUGCCAUGAGGAGUCUCGCCUGGGCAUCUGAAGUCGCGCAAAGCCCGCUGGACUUCAAGGUUCGUUGGCAGGAGGAGCCUGGUGACAUGCGCUCACUUCGCUUCUUUUGUGACAUCCCAGAGACGUGGACACAAUGGAAGCAGAGAUGGGCGAUGGUAGAGAUACCAGAGAAUGAUAAGAACGAGAAGAAGCCUCUCGAUGUGACGCCCUACACGGACGUCACCAAGCUGUCGAUCGCCAUCUCCAUGCGACAUCGCAAGUACAGUGGUGCAGCGAUCAAGAUGAAUCCGAUGAAUGACACGGUGCUCAGCAUCGUGGCCAAGGCCUUGGCAUCACUGCCCCAUACCGGGAGGGAGGAGGUCGCCCAUGAACUUUCCUGCGUGAUCAAGUGGCCUGGGUUGAAGAAGGACUCGAAGGACUUGAAGGACUCCAAGCAGAUCCAGGCAGGCAAGUUUAUUUAUGGCCACGUGAUGUGGCGGCCAACACGACAAGACCACGCAGAAAGGUUACCGAGCUGA